AUGAAAGAAGCUGGCUAUGAAAUAAUUGGAUAUGCUAGAAAGUCGAAAGUAUUUUUGUUGAACCUAAUGGUUGAAAAACUAAAGACAAGGUCACUGGCAGAUAGAGUGUUUAUCAGUCCGAAUUCUUUUGCAGGCGAUCCAUUUAACAAAAGAGGUGAAAACAAAAGAGAAGAGCUGAUGUCUCACAUAAUUGCAAAUGGAGACACUCAAGAUAUGUUAAGAUACAUAUCUGACAAAAAGAAGAAAGUAAUACUUGUUACUAUUGACUAUGCGGUCUUAACCACAAAUUGUGAAGACAUGAAAAGCUUUUUGAGCAGCAUUAAAGAAAUUGCUAUAGACCUCAUACCAUCACAGAACAAAGUCAAAAUGUAUACCAGUCAAGAACUUUUAUUAAAAUAUGGAUAUAUUAUAUAUUGA